AUGUAUUCUACUCUAACAUCACUCUCAACAGACUGGUGCGUCUGGACACAGAGGAUCGCACCUCCCAAAAUUCCAAACAUAUACUGCCAACCACAGAGCAUAUCCACAGCUAGGAGACAGCUGUCGAAGUUUGACCUGACGACACUCCUCUCCACAGUCAAAUCCCGGCCCUCGAUUCCCAAAAUGCCCCCCUCGUCCGCCACGUACACCACGAUCCCGAUCUCCGGCGUCGACGUCAUUUUUCGAUCGACGCAGAACCUCUCUGCCAGCCUCUCCCGGUGCCGCCCCUGGCCGGAGUUCUUAUCGCCCAUCUCCGCCUUUGAUCUCCCUCCCUCCGCCUCCGCCGCCUCCCUCAGAUUCCGCCGCAAUGCCGCCUACUUUUCCGUGAAUUACGCCGUAAUCAUCACCGCCUGUGCCGCUGUCUCCCUCCUCGGCUCCCCGAUCUCCCUGAUACUCGUCGGCUUCGUCUACUUCCUCUGGCUGAUCCUCCACUUCUUCCGUGAAGAUCCGCUCCUGGUCUGGGGCCACCACGUCAGCGAUUGGGCCGUGAUUUUGGGCCUCGUCUUGAUCUCCGUCGUGGCAUUCUGGAUCACUGGACCGCUGAACAGCCUGUCCAUUGGCGUGGGCCUUGGCCUGUUGAUCUCUGUCGUCCAUGGAGUGUUGAGGAAUCCUGAAGGCCUCUUUCUGGACGAGAACGACGCCGUUUCGAACGGCUUGAUUGUCUCCACCUCGAAGCCGACUGCUUCCGGUACUCCAAGUUGUGGAAUUCCGUUCAGCCCGCCGGUGUAG